UUCAGAUGUCACCCACAUAUCAAAACAUGAGGUUUGCAAUGACAUUGCUCUGUAGCACACCAUGACACUGAGCUAUGAUUAAAAGCGUUUAAUAAGAAAGGACCUCAGCUACAAAGAAAUAUGGCGAGCUCUAUGGUGGCUGUGGGCCUGACACUGGCUGCUGCAGGAUUCGCAGGUCGUUAUGCCAUACAAGCAAUGAAACACAUGGAGCCUCAGGUUAAACAAGCUAUGAAAAGUUUCCCGUCUUUUGGUAGUGGGUACUACAAGGGUGGGUUUGAUCCCAAAAUGAACAAGAGGGAAGCUACCUUGGUAUUAGGGGUCAGUCCAACAGCAAACAAGACCAAGAUAAGAGAAGCACACAGAAAGCUAAUGGUUUUAAAUCAUCCAGACAGAGGUGGCUCACCAUACAUUGCUGCAAAGAUUAAUGAAGCAAAAGAUUUACUUGAUGGACAAUUAAAGAAAUAAACUUCUUUUCUGUAA